AUGUAUCUCAAGGAAAUCUACACCGACUCCAACCCGGAAACCCUGCACGCCUUCAUCCGCCAGCACCCCCUCGGCGUCCUCACCACGGCCAUCCCCUCCGCCACCCACCCACUCCUGCAAUCUACUCACCUCCCCUGGCUCCUGGACGUCGACACCACCACCACCACCACCGCCACCGACAACUCGUCCUCCUCCUCCGCCCCCAAACCCAAACUCCGAGGACACAUCGCCAAAUCCAACCCGCAAUGCCAAGCGAUCCUCUCAUCCCUCCCCCCCACCUCACCAUCCCCACCAACCCUCCCCACCCAAAUCCUCAUCCUCUUCACCUCCCCGCACCACAGCUACAUCACGCCCAGAUUCUACACGACCACCGCCCCAACCACCGGCAAAGUAGCCCCAACCUGGAACUACGCCGCCGUGCAAGUCUACGGGCGCGCCACCAUCUACGACUCAUCCUGCGACGCGACAUCCGCAUUCCUGGACACCCAACUCCGAGACCUCGCACUGCACUGCGAACGCACCCUCAUGAACCACGACGGGCAAAACGGCCGGCCGGAGCCGUGGACGCUCGACGACGCGCCGGAGGGGUAUAUCCGGGCCUUGAAGAGGAAUAUCGUCGGCAUAGAGGUGGAGGUGGAGCGGAUGGAGGGGAAGUUCAAGAUGAGUCAGGAGAGGGGGGAGGGGGAUCGCGAGGGGGUGGAGUGCAGGGCACUUCACAUCAACCGGCAAGAUGGCCGAGCGGUCUAAGGCGCUAGGGUCAGGUCACCUGAUCAUCUCCUGUUCUUCGGAAUAUUCCUAGUCUCGAAAGGGGCGUGGGUUCGAAUCCCACUCUUGUCAUAUCUUUUUUUGCUGUUUUCUUUUUGGACAGCUAGCUACUGUUGAGUUUCUUGGGGGAGCAUGAAUGGGAGAUAGAUGGAUAGAU